AUGGAAGACGUAAUACAUCCAUUGAACUAUCCUGACACUGACACAAGCAGGCCCACUGGCCUGCUUGAGACUACAAAUAAUCUGAAAAAUUCGUUGAAAAAGUUUUCUCAAAAGGCAAAGGCAUCACAUAUGACUGGGGAGAGAAUUCACCACUUCAGAAAAUGGAAAAACAAACACGAAUUACUUCCAGAGAAGCACAUAAAGUCCCUUCCAGAUGUGAACUUUCUCCAUUCCAAUAAUGGCUCACAGCCCGGCACUCUGCCUGCGAGCAUGUUCCUAUCUCCCAAAAGUUCAAGUAUAUAUUGGAGUGAAGAGCAGUUUCAAUUGGAAUUGGAGAUUUUGAAGUAUCUGUCGUUAAAUCCCAAUCAUGAACAUGACAUUUCUGAUUAUUAA